AUGACCGGACACGACCUUUCCGUUCUCGUUCACGCCCAAUCCUUGUGUCUUGAGACAGACACCUUUGGCAAAGUGAAAUACAAGCGGCUACCGCUGCUGCUUCCCGAGGUCAAGGAAGGACGGCCCGUCACUUCAACUAGUCCGCUUUUCAGUCUACCGCUUGAGAUCUUAGCCAGCAUUAUAGAUUUCAUUGCGGAUGACAAGCCUACCCUCGCAAAACUAGCACAGGUGAGCAGGGACUGUAGGCAACUGGCUGGCUCAUGCCAGUACGCCGAUCUAUGCCUAGACUACAGCCAAACUUCAUGGCAUCUUUUGCACAGUCUCGAGAGGGAGGCUCGCAUUAGGCAAAGUCCGGGCAUCAUUCUGAACAAUGUUGUGAGCCCAACAUUCAUCGGACCAUGUAUUCGCACACUCACGGUCCACUCCCACCCGAGUAAAGUCGCCGAGUUCCACCAAGACUUCUUCGACGUCCUCCGAGCUCGUGUCCCAAGCUGCCACAUCACCCCUGAGCAGAUUAUUGAACUGGGAGAAAAGGCACUCGAAAAGUAUCUCACCAAAUACCGAGCUCCUCUACUAGCGGCUAUAGAAUACGCAAUGCCCAACCUUGAGGCGGUAUCAUGGUACGAUGGGGUGUGCCUAGAAGAGGACUUCUUCAGGAUCGUCACAAAUUUGUCGAUACGUCACCUUAAGCUUUCCACGGCCCAUAUAGGAGGUGCCUACCUUCUCAGGCCGCCACUAACACCGGUCUCGGUCCCUUUGAAGUCGCUUUACUUCGACGCCGAGCUCUGCCAAAGGGGGCUCCACAAGGCUAAGCAGGCUGAAAGCGUGUCGCCUCUUCUGGCUAGUCUUCUGAAGAGGUGCAGAGCGACACUGGAGCGCCUGACCAUUGGCCCUAUGCUUGCCGAAAGGCUGCUUUCAUUCGGUUGCGAACCAAUGAUGUUCGCGAAUCUCGAGUACCUCGAUCUCUCGGCGACUAUCGCCUUGCCGAUUGGAACAGAGGAUUAUUUUAAGAAUGCUAUCUCGACAUGUCAAACCCUUCCCAACCUCGAGACGCUCGUCGUACCUCAAUUUUACCGCCACCCAGACCUCGCGACUUCGCUAGAAGUCGUCAACUUCAUCUCUCGGAAUUCGCACGCCAAAAAGCUCUCGGUCGGCCAGGCCUCUCCAGAACUCAUGAGUUCCCUUGUGGUCCCACUCCUAACGAGUGGCAGAUGGUCAAACCUCACCUCCCUCUCAUUGUCAUGGGCUGGACCAGGGACGGACGAAGCCACAAGGCCCAACAUUGCCUCUAUACCUGUAGAAUCGCUGGCGGUAAUCGGGUCCCUUGGGGCCCUGGAGCAGCUGAGCCUAAGCGCGGGCGAGUCCCGAGGAUGGCGCCACCAGUGGUUGAUUGACCAUGACGCGAUGCGUUGGGCUCUAAGGGGAUUACCAAUGUUGAAAAGACUCGCCUUUUCACGGGACACGUAUGUGGCUCCCGGUCUCGAAAUAUCUACUCAUCUUGAAGCGUACUAUGAGCGCUACCUUCAUAUAGAAUUAACGCCCGCCCAACGUGAACUUGCUCUCGAUCGCCUGGAGCUGGGCGGGAUUAACUCUUCUUUGCUUACAACUAUUCGUCAUCGUCGCCGCGGUGGCCCUCCCGAGCCUGAUCACCCAGAGCUCUGGGAGCGUUACCACCGCAACCGCAUGCUUCACGAGGCCGAGGAGUAUGCAACGGUGCUACCGAGCCUGGAGUGGGUGUACUGUGGUCAGUGGCCUAUUUCUAUUAAGGAGGAGCAGAAGCCGCCGAACGGUGCAGUUCGGGUUGCUCUGCCUCUCCAUUACAAGAGAGAUUCUUGCUGGACAGUUCUUAAACGCAUGUUUGGGAUGGAACCUGGGGAUGACAGUGAUGAAUGA